ACGUAUAUGUUUUGAAGAGCAAACAGUGGGAGCAAGCUUCCUGCUCAAAUCCGGACAUAAUUUCCCUCGUUUAGUUAAAUACAGAAAGUCUUUGUAUGCGAAACCUCUGAACACUUUUGUUGAGCUGGAUAAGCGUUUGGCGGAGGUAAAAUGGAGGCCGUUCCUAGGAUGCCAAUGAUUUGGCUGGAACUAAAGGAAGCGGGGGAGUUUGAGUUUAGCCCCGCUGUUAAACAGUACAUACACGUGAACUAUGGUGAGAACCCAGAGAACUACAGUGAGUCGCUGAAGAGGCUGGAGGAGCUCAGACAGACCAUGGUAAAUUUACCGAGAGAUUUUGAGGGUUGCAGCACUCUAAGAAAAUACUUUGGUCAGCUGCACUUUCUGCAGAGUCGUGUACCCAUGGCAACGGGCCAGGAGGCUGCUGUGCCCGUGACAUGGACGGACGCCUUCUCGGGAAGGAAUGUCACGCAUAAUGAUAUCAACUAUGAGCAUGCAUGUGUCCUGUAUAACCUGGGUGCCUUGCACUCGAUCCUGGGGACUUUGGAUAACCGUCUGUCUGAGGAGGGGAUGAAAGUGUCCUGUACACAUUUCCAGUGUGCUGCAGGGGCUUUUACAUACAUGAGAGAUCACUACAAUCACACCUACAGUUCAGACAUGAACAGCCAGACGCUGCAAAUCAACAUCAGCCUCAUGCUGGCACAGGCCCAGGAGUGUCUCCUAGAGAAAACUUUACUCGACAACAGGAAAAGUCAUUUAGUAGCAAAGAUUUGUGCCCAGGUGUGCGACUAUUACAAGGACUGUCUGAGGGUCUUGGAUCAUUCUGAAUCUGUGCCAGGAAGGAUUCAGAAGGAGUGGAGGAAACUCAUCAGCCUGAAGAUCAGCUACUUCACUGCUAUAACACACCUGCACAUGGGAAAACAAUCAGAGGAGCAGCAGAAAUUUGGAGAAGCAGUCGCCCACUUUCAGUACUCAGUAGAUAAACUUAAUGAAGCAAUUAAGCAGGGCAAGGGUCAACUGGAUUCUGUGCAGGAUGCUCUGAAAUUCACAAUGGAUGUCAUUGGUGGAAAAUAUAAUUCGGCGAAGAAGGAUAAUGACUUCAUUUACCACGAAUCCGUGCCCAAUCUGGACAUGUUAGCGGGAGUCAAAGGUGCCUCUUUGGUGAAACCCUUGCCUGUGACCCCAACUGAUCCAAGCGUCACUGGUCCUGACCUCUUCUCUAAACUUGUUCCCAUGGCAACCCAUGAAGCUUCCUCCCUUUACAGUGAGGAGAAGGCAAAGUUACUUAGGGACAUUGUGGCGAAAAUAGAAGACAAAAACCAGGUCCUUGAGAGGUUUAUGGAGUCUCUAAGCAAUGACUCUGUAUAUAAAAUGGACAUGUUUAAAACUCUUCCUGACACACUGCUGGAAAAAUGUGCUUAUCUCAGUGUGCGACCAGACACUGUCAAGAAUCUAGUUCAGGCCAUGCAAGCGCUAUCGAAUGUUUACACUGAUGUGGGUUCAUCUCUUGGGGAGAUCCGCAGUGCCUUGGAAGAAGAUGAGGCCGGGGAAAAGAGUUUAAUGGAGGUCGUGGGUCAGAGGGGAUUGCCACCUGGUCCUUCAGCCCUGCAGGAGGUUCAAAAAGAGUUGAAAAAAUACGAGGCCGCCCAUGAGGCAGCCAGCCAAACCAACACUGAACUUCACAGAGCUAUGAAUCAGCACAUACCAAACCUACGUCUCCUCCAAGGAACUGUGGAAGAUCUCAAAAAUAGCCUGCCUCAGCCACAACUGAGUCAAGAUGAUAUGACGUCCUUGCAAAAAAUGAAGAGCAUUCUCGACAAAGUGGAUGAAAUGCGAAAGCAGAGAACCUCAUUGGAGAGCCAGCUUCGUGACCUCAUUCAUAAAGAUGACAUCACCGGCGUCCUGGUAACCGCAGAUCGGGCUGAAAUCAAGACGUUGUUUGUGGAACAGUUGAAGAAAUAUGAUCAGCUGAAGGGAUAUAUAGAACAGAAUUUACUAGCGCAGGGUAACAUCCUGAAAGCACUAACAGAUGCCAAUGUGCAGUAUGCCCCUGUCCGCAAGACGCUCACGCUCACAGAGCAACAAUGGAACAGUACAGUGCAGUCCUUGAUUGCCUCAUUUGAGGCAUAUGAGGAUCUGAUAAAGAAGGCUAAGGAGGGAAGAGACUUCUACCAGGAUUUAGACAAGAAGACAACUACCCUUUUGGACAAAACCAAGUCCUAUUGUCAAACCAGAGAGAACGAGCGAGUUGGGUUGCUGGAGAAGGAGAUUGGAAAAGGACAUCCUCCUAAACUUGGACAGAGAGUUCCUGUUCCUAGAUCUGGCCCAUCCAGUCUUGAAGCUGUUGGUCCAUCGGCUGCUCCUUACAUUGCUAGACAAGAUCUCCCACAAGAAAUGCGAUGCCUCCCACCAAACACCAAUUUUGCAGGAGGUCCAGUGCUUCCAAAUCCAAGAUUGCAUGCUGGAUCCCCGCUUAAUUUGCCACAAGGUGCGAACCCUUUUCAAUCCGCUCGUUUUCCAACCCAACAAGUUCCCAAUACAGAUUCAAAGCCAACACAACUGCCCCAUUAUCUGCCACAAAAUCAUAUACCGUACAUUUCAUCCACAGGGAUUCCACAACAGUUUCAGGUAAGAGGCACUGCACCUGGCUAUCCUCAGGCUAACCAACCGACAACCUCACAUGUCCCAUAUCAGGGAUACAAUCCAGCUCUCUGGCAGCAACCCCCUAGUGGCCCUGUUGCUGUUACAGGGGGUUACACUGUGCCUCCACAACUGGGGCAGAUGCCCCAAAAUUGCUUUAGGCCUGGUGUACCAGGGCCACAAGUAUCUAUGCCAAACACAUUUGGGCAGCCUCAGUCUUCCUCUGCCCAACAGAUCAUACAGGGAGUACCAUACCAAAGACAUAACAUCCCCCCAAACGCACCAAGAAGUACAUUUCCUGGCCAGAUUUUUCCACCUAUCCAACCUGGACAGUUCCAGCCACAGCAACAAUCUGGACUACCACCAGGUUACAGACCAACUCUGGAUGGCCAAUUUACAGUAUCGCAACCUCCAGGAGCCCUUUUUGACCAACAUCAGUCUGCUCUUUCUCAUCAGUUCCAUCCAGGUCAACUUCCACAAGUCAGGCCACAGCCCUACAUGGGCUAUCCUCCCACAUCCUUUCCAUCGUCACAGCCGAUCUCAGCACCCCUCCAAAAUCUCCGUCAACUACAGCCAGGGUCUCAGAAUUUCCCACAGGUAACUUUAAGCCAAAAUGCUCAAAUUCCGUUUGGUGUUCGGCCAUCCAACCUGCCCCAAAUGUCCCAAGGAGCUUUCCCACCACAAACUAACAUUUAUUCAUUUGGACCACCACAAGUGGGCCAACAGACCAUUCCACCUCAAUUCAACACCAUGCCUAAUGGAACAGGAAGACCAGCUAUGUAUGCUCCCAGUCAAAGCCAGAUACCUGGCUCUUUGUCAGUACAGUCAACUGUCCCAGUUAUGGACAAUCCAGUUCCUCUUUCACUGCCCAGUACUCUCAUACCUACUCCAUCACCUGCUCACGUCUCCGCUCCUGAGCCUGACAAAAUGAAUCCGCAAGGGUCCCGUCAGGAGAACAUAUCUGGCUGCGGUACAAUUUUGGAUUCUCUUCAGAAUAAAGUGGAUAAUCUCAGCAUCGCACCUCAAAGUGAGGCUUCUAAUUUUGGAUAGGAUAAAUCACAAUAUUGAUGCUGAUCUGUCAAAGGAAGAGAAUGGAUCCAUCAGUCAUUACCAACCACUGCGCAGAUGCUGUUAGCGGUUGUCAAGAAUACGGAGAACAAUUAGCACUAACAAAAAUGGUGAGAAUGAACAAGUGGUGGAUAAAAAAGAUCCUUUUGGUGAUUUGGAUCCUUUGUGGUCACUACCGAAGAUAUGAUGCCUAAAACAACACUUACUGUGUGUUAGAUUUUAUUUCUGUAUAGUCCUGUAAUACUUCUUAAACUACUUCUUAUGCACCAUACAUAUACGGAAGUGUCACUACAUCUACUAACUGUGCUCUUAACAACACACUAUGACUUAACAACUGUACUUUUUGCAAGCAUAUACUUAAGAAAACAACUCUUGCAUUGAUUUCUAUGCAAUCCUACACUUUUGUAUCACUUUGCGAUUCUGGUUCUAUGUAGCACUUUAGUCUGCACUCUAAGAAUGAUAAAGAUGAGGAAGAGACGAUUGUUGAUGUUGAAUAUAGUUUGUUAUAAAUAUUUUACUUCUAAAACUAAACAUUUUGAAACAACUUUCUUGCUCCUAAAUUGACUUUUGAAUAAGAAAUCUUUUAAAACUGAAUGGAUAACAAAAAAUGAAUAGUAAAAAUGUAAGUGGGACACUAGUGUUUGUUUGCAUUGUGCCACAUAAAUGUGAGGCUUUAAACACGGUGUGCAUGUUGCUUCCAUAAUAAAUCAUGUGGUGGAAA